UGCACGUCACUUCGCCUGCUCUCCCACGUUGCGUACCAACGAUCGCGCCGAUACAAAACUAAUAAAUCACGGGAACUGAACAAAGUAAAAUCCUGACGGAGAGAUUAUAACUCGAUAUGAGAUAACAACGCACGACUCCGGUGAUUAAUUGCCAAAAGUCCGUUCAACUCCGAUGACUUGGACGGAAGCGUAAUCUCGCCGGGACUAGAUUUAGAUGCGUAAUGUAAACAGAUAAACAUUGUUGAAGAUUUCCGGAGAUGAUUGUUUGAUUGUUGAUUUAACGCAUAGUACAUGAAUGGUAGAGUAGUUAGGUAGUGUGUGUGUAUGUGAAUGUGUCCGGGUAGGUAGGACUGGUCGGGAUGGCCGGGCAGGGGCAGUGGAUCGCGGGCCUGGUUUGGGCCGUGCUGGCGUCAGCACUAGCUGACUCCUGGACAGCUUACCAGGAGCAACCAUGUUGUCGGCCGGUGUCGCACCAUCGCAUCCGUCACCAUCGAGAUCACAUACGGGAGUUCUCCUGCGGCAACCUUUUUUAUCGAACUCUGUAUAUGAAUGAAGAAAGAAAUACGCUUUAUGUCGGUGCUAUGGAUCGAAUAUUUAAAUUAAAUAUGACUGAUAUAAGUCAGUCGCAUUGUGAGAGAGAUGCGUUGCUGUUAGAAGCAAGCAACGUGGCACGAUGUGUGAGCAAAGGCAAAUCAGAGCCGUUUGAGUGUAGAAACCACAUUCGAGUGCUGGAGCCACUCGGCGAUGGGGACCGGUUGUAUGUGUGCGGGACUAACGCACACAGCCCGAAGGACCUGGUCGUCUAUUUAAACCUAACUCACCUGCCGCGGCACGAGUACGUGCCAGGCGUGGGUCUCGGAGUCGCCAAAUGCCCUUACGACCCAGCGGACAAUAGCACUGCCGUUUGGGUCACGCGGGGCAACCCCGGCGGUUUGCCAGCUCUGUACGCGGGCACCAAUGCAGAGUUCACGAAGGCGGACCCGGUCAUUUUUCGCAACGACCUAUUUGAUUUUCGAACGGGUCAAAAGAGGUUCAACUUCAAACGGACGCUGAAGUACGACUCAAAAUGGUUGGAUAAAACCAAUUUUGUGGGGUCAUUCGACGUUGGAGAAUAUGUCCUAUUCUUUUUUCGGGAAACCGCAGUGGAGUUCAUGAACUGUGGCAAAGCGGUGUAUUCUCGUGUUGCCAGAGUAUGCAAACAAGACACUGGCGGCAAGCAUAUACUGAGCCAAAACUGGGCUACUUAUUUGAAAGCUAGGCUUAACUGUAGCAUACCGGGAGAAUUCCCGUUCUAUUUCGACGAAAUACAGAGUGUGUAUCAAAUGCCUGGCGAUCCAAGUCGGUUUUAUGCUGCGUUCACAACAGGAGCCAGCGAUGGGCUAAUCGGCUCGGCAAUUUGUACAUACAGUAUGGACGACAUUCAAGAGGCUUUUGCCGGCCGUUUCAAAGAGCAAGCAACUUCAAGUUCAGCGUGGUUACCCGUGUUAAGAGCAAGAGUUCCUGAACCUAGACCUGGAACAUGUGUUAAUAGUACAGAAGCCCUUCCUGAUAGCGUUCUUAAUUUCAUAAGGUCCCAUCCGCUAAUGGAUUCAGCUGUGAGGCAAGAAGGUGACGCGCCGGUUUUCUAUAAACGAGAUCUAGUCCUCACAACUCUUGUAGUAGACAGACAAUUUGUGGAUAUGUUAGGAGAUGAUAUUACCUAUACAGUCCUCUAUGCUGGCACGAGUCAAGGCGAAGUAUACAAAAUAGUGCAAUGGACUGGGGGUGGAUCUCGUGUUGCUGACAUAUGGCGUGCGGCGGGUGAGGAACCCGUACGGGCGCUCGCUCUCUCACGCCAAAUGCACGCCUUGUACCUCGCAACGGACAACCGUUUAAGACAAUUACCUCUACGAGCUUGUGCACACCGAUAUGACAGUUGCGUGCGCUGUGUUCUUGAUCCAUAUUGCGGAUGGGAUAAAGAAGUCGGAGCAUGUCGACCGUACACACCCGGCCUCCUCCACGAUGCAACUAACUCUACGCCAUCAAUCUGCGAAGCCAGUGCGCCUCUCAAAACAGUGAGAGCGGGAUACGGCCAAAGCGUACACCUGGCGACAUUUGGAAAAACGCCAGAAGCGCUAAAAGAUCAGAUCGUUGCCUGGUAUCACCAUUCUAGGGAAAGGGGUCGCUACAAAAUCAGUUAUAAUUGGGACAGGGUGCUGCAGACUUCAGAGCGCGGCUUGGUUUUGUUGUCGGUGACAGAAUCUGACCGCGGGCGCUACGAGUGUUAUUAUGGACCCACUCUCAUCGCUUCCUAUAAUCUGGAUAUUGACAUUCAUAGAUGUACACAGCCUAACAAAUCGCAGGAGUACAGACAAGUAUACUCAGAUUGGUGUCAUGAAUUUGAAAAGUACAAGAGUGCAAUGAAAGCCUGGGAGACACGACAAAUGCAAUGCUCCAAAAACAUGAAUGCAUCGAGCCAGCAAAACAGCAUGAGCAACGAGAUAGUCGCUUCGCUGCGGUGAUAGAGCACAUCCUGUAGAUUAAUGAGUGAUUACACACCGAGCCCGACAUCAGCUAUCCGAUAUGACGCCAACACUGCCUCUGGGCCUCACGUUUUAAUCAAGCUACCUUAUACUGAUAAUACUGACUAUGAAACGUCUAUUCAAUGCUUCGAAUGCAAUGAAAAUUGAAUUGAUAUACACACAAAAUGUUAGGGUUCAUGCUGGAUAAUCCUUACAUGAAUUAGGGAAUCACUUUGUGAAAUAGGCCUUAAAGUGUUUUGUAUGAAAGCUUCGAACGAAAGAUACGGUUUGUACG